UUUGGGUCACGGCUUGGAUAGAUCCGUCUUAGUGGACUUGCCUUUUGAACGAUACUAUCUCUCGUUGCAGACUGCGUACUCAUCUCUUCCACCUUGGUUGCGAACAAGAAAGUUACCAUUCGCAAGACCCUGUCAUGACGGUUGUAUCAAGGGAAGCGCACAGAUGGACUGCAGCUUUGUCAAAGACACGUUUAUAGAUGCCACAAAUAUUGUGGUGAAACGAGCCCUCGAAGGACUGAACGACUCUACCCUUGGUGAUCCCAAGCGACGCAUCAUGCUUGAGAGCGUUUCUCAGACGCUGCCCACGCAAGUACCUGAGGUAGCUAAGGUGCAUGCCAUGUUUGUCGGGCUUAUUGACCUUUCCAAGAAAUUGGAGGUUGGCCAAACUGAGUUCACAAAGGGAUCCGAGCGAGAUGAACAUGCUGCUGCUGAAGUCGAGCUUAAGAUUAAGUCCGGUCACGAAGUUUCCAAGGCUGCGAUUGGGGACUUAUCUAACCUAGACAAGAAGUGUGCUGAAAUGGAGGUGCAGGAAGCAGCGCUUAAGGUGCAGCUUGAGGAGGCUACCGCCAGUUUGCAGAAGCUUAAACUAGAGAGGGAACAGCGCCGACAAGCACAUAAUGCUCAUCAAUCUGAACUGAAGGAUUUGGUGAAGAGUCUACAGGACACCAACGCCGGCAAGCAUACAAGGCUUGCUGAAUUUGAACAAAAGACGGCAAAAUUAAAGAUUGAAGCAAGUCAGUUGUUGAACAGCCUGCAGAACUGGCGAGCUCCUUGAGAUGGCCUAGACUUCCCUUAGUUUUUUUUUAUUUAGCCGUUUCAAUUUAUCACUUCCCUUUGAAUCAUUUUAGGCUCAGUAUUCAGUUUCACUUCAAAUGUAGCAGUAAUUUGUUUAUUCACCUGGGAACUCCGAAUUUUAUGCAUGAUGUGCUAGUACGCCAGCUUUGACGUUGAAGCAUCCUUAUUUAUUUACACUAUUGUUGUGUA